AGUCCAAGUUCAAUUCACACUGUCGCCACUUUCCCGCAUUGUACAGUAGGUUUCUAGAUUUUACCCCCCACGUUUGGAUAUAGUUAUGGUGGACAACAGUCAAUCACUUAUCACAACCAAAGUACCUGAAAACAGACAAAGUUUUUUUGCGUAAAAUACAGAUUCCUUUGUUGGCCCAAGAAGUUUCCUUCCUUCCUUUCUUUCACUACUUCGUCUCAUUCCUUAGCUUUCUUGUCUUAUAAAAAUCUUGGAUUCUGCUUGCUGGUUCCAUUGCGCCAAAACUCACGUAUUUCGAAAUGGGUCUCUGGGAUUCCCUUCUCAAUUGGCUCCGGAGCUUAUUCUAUAAACAAGAAAUGGAACUUUCCCUUGUUGGCCUUCAGAAUGCAGGAAAGACAUCUCUUGUUAAUGCCAUUGCUACAGGGGGCUACAGUGAGGACAUGAUUCCAACUGUUGGAUUCAAUAUGCGGAAAGUUACAAAGGGGAAUGUGACAAUCAAGCUUUGGGACCUUGGAGGGCAAAGGAGGUUUCGGACAAUGUGGGAGCGUUAUUGCCGUGGUGUUUCUGCAAUUUUAUACAUAGUUGAUGCUGCCGAUAGAGACAGCGUUCCCAUAUCUCGAAGUGAGCUGCAUGACCUCUUGAUGAAACCUUCAUUGACCGGAAUUCCUUUGCUUAUUCUUGGCAACAAAAUUGACAAGUCCGAAGCUCUUACCAAGCAAGCUUUGAUGGAUCAGCUAGGCCUUGAAUCAAUUAAAGACAGAGAGGUGUGCUGCUAUAUGAUCUCAUGCAAGGAUUCCAUAAACAUAGAUGUUGUCAUUGAUUGGCUUAUCAAGCACUCAAAAACAGCAAAAUGAUCCAUGAUUUGACUUCUUUUUGGUGUUUCAUUGAAGAAUGAUCAAGGUCGGAGAAGCAAGAUUGGUGAUAUACACCCUGGUCAAAUCUGUCGUCCCUCAUUUAGUUGUGGUAAUAAGUGCUUUGUAUAGUGCUUUGACAAUUGAAGCUAGUUUUCCAUGGAUUAUCUGUUUUCGUUUAUAUUUGUACUGUUCCUUUCAUAUAUUUCUGAAUUUUGUCAAGUAUAGGCAGUGACAUUAACCUGAUUAGCAGAUGUUUGGGUUUCUAUGUGCGUGUGUGAAAUUCAAUUCCGUCUAAAUCUUUGCUGCCAGCUCCAAUCACCAUAUUGACUUUUAAGUUUUACUAUUGAACUCUUUAUAAUGAAAGGAAUCGUGUAAAAAUGAUGUACA